AUGUCGGGCGGCACACCUGUGGGGAGCGGAGGGCAUGUUAGACAUCGGCACAGCCAGGGUUACCUGUCAAGUGGGGACGAUUCGGAGGACGACGCCUGUUCCAAGCCGCCGCGUUCGCUGGUGAUAGACCAGGCAAAAACUUGGACCCGGGUCCUCGAGAAUAUCCUCUGGAUUGCUUCAGCAGCCUUCAUCGUCUACUUUGGUGACUGGCAUUCGAAUUUGAUUUAUGUUGUGUGGUGCGACGACCGAAUCAAGAGGUAAACGGAGAUCAUUGCCUCUGCUAUCUUCAUCGUCCUUCUCUUGAGGGUUAUCCUGUUUUAUUAUCAUCAAAUAGUGAUUCAUGUGAAACUCAAUUUAACUGAUCAUAUAGAAGCUUGAUUUUAUUUAUUUAUUGCGCUUGAAUGAUGGCUGCGUCUCCUCAGCCAUAGAAGGAUAGUCAGCUAGAUGUUGGCAAGAAGAGCUUGGUUGCUUUUCUUAGCUUAUGGAAACUGCCUUGACUCCUGGAUCAUAAUGCUGAUAUCGAGACCAUUUCAUCGUCAACUCCAUUUUAGUAAUGUAAGGUUUAAACAUGGCAAUGUUUUUUUCAGAUGCUGUCUUAAGGCUUGUACUAUUUAUAUUUGUUAAAUUCACCCUGUUUUUUAUGUUUCCCAAUGAAAUAUGUUGAUAUUGUAUUGUUUUAUGGAUAGACUCGCAAUGUAUCCGUAGGAACAUACAGAUUAAAUGUGGGAAAAACUUUGGGAUUUUCGGACUUGGGUCUGCAAUCAUUGUGCGGUUAUUUUAUCUGUUUUUUUCACGAUAAGAGGAUAAUCUAUGCUGUUAGUUUUAUUGCAUCACAGCUUUUGGGUGCUUGUUCUUUCCUCGGGCACUAGUGCCUCUAAUCUCUUAGUUAUUAAUUCUGCUGUUUAACGUAUAUUUUCUUAUAAUUGUUCAUCCAGACGUGAGAAUUUUCUUGUUCGUGCUCGGUAUAAUUUAUUAUAAAUAACAUAUCCUUGUCCCACUCCCGUGGUUCUUGUCAUCUGUCACUACCUAUGGUUUAGUCUUAUUUGACUUCUAAUUCACCAACUGACUGACCCUAUCGGGUUUUUUUAUAUUUUUAAUGGAUAAAUCCACCUUCCAUUAGUUUUUCUCUAAUAUAAAAUCACAGGCCAAAGAAUAAUUGCUUCUUGUCGUUCAAUAUUAUUUCCAGCUAAUUUCCUCCUCCCCACCUUUUACAGGACGCCAUUGUACAUUGGACUUGCGAGUAUCCUCUUGAAUGUCGGAGUCAUAUGGUACACUGGAGUUCCAGUGAGGUCAUUGAAGAAGGCCAGUGAGAAGCUCGAAUUGCCUCCCUCCUCCGCCCCGCUGGUCGCUCUAGUCGGCGUCCUGUCGUUCUCAUUGUAAGCAGGCUGGUCUUUCUUGUUCACAUUUGAGGCUGGAAUCCGCCACAGAAUCUCAUAUGGGUUCCCUCUCCCCCCAAAAUUUUAUUAUUUCCAGGAUCUCCUUUGCCUUGUGGCCCAUCUGGAGCUUCUUGACUCUUCCUCUAUUGGUAGGGCUGGCUACUCUUGUAGAUGAUCGAUGGUCUAUAGAUCCAUGUGGGUGCCAUUUCUAAUCAACCCCUUGUAUUUAUUUCAGUUCACAUUGUUCAUGGCUUCCAUGGUAAUCUUGACUUACUUGCCAAUUCGGCCUCUCGGGCCGCAGGCUUUUGCGCUUCAUGCCGAUCGGAUCUUGCCAUUGUAA